AUGACGCCCCAGAUUCCAAGGAUCUACCGGGUCUUCUUCACCACACUUGAUCCAUUAUUGGCGGCGACUGGAGUGUUGACGGCGCUCUUCUAUCCUAGUGCGCUCCUGAAGCCUUACUCGCCAAUUGCCGCGCUGCCACCGGCAUUAGAGACCUCAAGUUUGCUAAUUAUGCUAGCUGGCUUCUACGCGGCCACGCUGCUGCUUCAGGUUGUCGUUCUCCGCAUGCGGCCGGACGAUCUUGGUCUUUGGCGGGUGCUGCAACUUAGCAUACUGUUCCAGGAUGUCUUCAUUCUAGCCGCAUUUGCCAGGUCGAUGGGCAUACAAGGCCGGCUGAGUCCUCUAGCAUGGCAUGCAGAUGAGGCAGGCACGAUCGCCACUACUGCUGGUGUCGGUUUCGUCCGGGCCAGAUUUCUGCUCGACAGGAAGUGGGACUGCCAAAAAGACGAGAUUCUUAUUGGGGGCUAG